AGAAGAAGAAUAAAUAUGUAAUAUAGGUUAUGUUGUUAUGUUUUUAUAAUUUUUUGAAAACAUUUAUUUUGAAUUUCUAUCUAGGACUUUAACGAUGAACAAAUUAUUUACAAGGCUAAUUUCUAGAUCGUUAAAUAGUUAUUCUAAAACUGACAAACUAGCAAGCACUUACAAAGCUGCCGUACUUACAGAGAUCGGCAAACCUCUAGAGAUUCAAGAAAAGAAACCCACUAGUUUGAAGCCCACGCAAGUUAGAGUUAGGGUGGUGUAUUGUAGUGUUAAUUCUGUAGAUGUACAUAAAUUUAAGCAUGAAAGUGGAGAUCUACCCUUUAUACCAGGAUACGAGUUGGCAGGUGAAGUUAUUGAACGAGGAAAAGAUGUUAAAAAUGAACAAGUUAUGAAUGGAGAACGUGUAGUAGGACUUAGUUUAAGCACUUUCGGAGGAUUUGCAGAGCAAUGUGUAUUGGAUAUAAACGAUAUUUGGAGGAUACCAGGCGAUUUAGAAAGAAAAGAUGCUGCCGUUAUUGCAUACGGUCAUUCUACUGCGCUUUUUACGUUUUCUAAACUAGCCACCAUUAAAGAGAAAGACAGAGUUAUAAUAUCUGCAGGACCGGCAGGAAUGGGAUUGGCUGCUGUCGAUAUUGCUGCCAAUGUAUACAGAGCACAGGUAAUAGGUUUGGUUGAUACAGAAGAAAGAGGGGAACUUGUUAGACAAAGAGGUGCUUUUGAAACAGUGUCCUUUUCAGAUAAAUUAGUAAAACAAUGUAUGAAAAUUACAGAAAAUAAAGGUACUUCAAUUGUAUAUGAUGCUACUGGAGAAAAAAUGAUGGAGUCAAUUGGAUCAUGCGUUUCAGUUGGUGGAAAAAUCUUCCACGCUGCCCCGUAUUUCUACAAAACUGUUCCCACUCCGAAAUGUCAUUCUUUCGUCUCGGUUGUCAGCCUGAAAGAGCUGAGGCUUCAAAACAAUCAUUUAUACAGGACUAUCGUGAACGAUACUCUUCAGCUAGCUAGCGACAACAUUAUUGGGGCUCAUCUCAGUGCCAAAUACAAUUUGGCACAAGUAAACGAUGCCAUAAAGUAUAUAGAUGAAAGGAAAUGCACUGGAAAAGUUUUGAUCCACAUGGAUUCUUAGGUAUAAGUUUUAAAGUAUUGUGGUUGUACUUUUUUGCAGUCACUGUAUAUUGGUAAUGUGGUUUUUUACAAAUACGCAAAGAAAAUUGGCCCAUUUCGAUAAUAUUAUCCUGUAUAGUUAUUCUGAAAAAGUACAAUUUUUUAUUAUUUAUUGGAAAUAAAAUAAAAGUGUU